GCACCUGAUAGACUGUGCGAGCCGGCAUCCAAGGCGCUGUCCCUCCAUUCGCCAUGAUGGGUAUGACGCAUUCUCAUUCCUGAGCAUAUCCACUGCACAUCCGCCGUGAAACGAGAGCCCCGGGUAAGUCGUGAGUCCUCAAACUCUUCUUGCAGCGAUGGAACUUGCUUGGUGAUGAAUGCAAUCAAAUGGUCGACUUCUGAACAUUGGUGUCGAGAACAUAAUGAUUAACUUCUUUUCUGAUCUUGCGUUGGAGUCAUGAUGCUGUGGAUGAACUUGCCGGCCGCAGCGCACACCUUGCUAACAUCCAUCUGCAGUUCCUCAUCCCCGAACCCGUCAAUAUGUGUGGCAUCAUCGCGGUCAUCUUGGCCUCGCCUCAGGCCAACGCCGCACCAGAGAUCCAUCAAGCACUAUACUACCUCCAGCACCGUGGCCAGGAUGCCUGCGGUAUCGCCACCUGCUCUCACGGUGGCCGCAUUUAUCAAUGCAAAGGAAACGGUCUGGCGGCAAAGGUCUUCCACGAAGGCCAGCGUGUCAAUGAUCUGCCGGGCUACAUGGGUCUCGGACAUCUCAGAUAUCCCACCGCUGGUAGCAGCGCCAAUUCCGAGGCCCAGCCUUUCUAUGUCAACUCGCCGUACGGCAUCUGCUUCACGCACAACGGCAACCUGAUCAAUGCACCGGAUUUGAAACAAUACCUCGACCACGAAGCACACCGCCACAUCAACACCGAGUCGGACAGUGAGCUCAUGCUCAACAUCUUCGCCGACGAGCUUAACGAGACCGGAAAGGCGCGAGUCAACGCCUCGGAUUGCUUCUCCGCGUUGGAGCGCAUGUAUGCGAGAUGCAAGGGCGGCUGGGCUUGCACGGCGAUGCUGGCCGGCUUCGGCCUCAUUGGUUUCCGGGACAGCUACGGCAUCCGACCCAUGGUCCUCGGCGAGCGCCCAUCAAGUGAUGUGGAGGGCGGGAAAGACUACAUGAUGGCUUCGGAAUCUGUUGCGCUCAGUCAGAACGGCUACAAUAACAUCCGCGACAUCCUACCCGGCCAAGCCGUCAUCAUCGAAAAAGGCAAGGCUCCCGUGUUCGCCCAAGUCGCACCCCAACAGAACUAUGCACCCGACAUCUUCGAGUACGUGUACUUUGCGCGGCCGGAGAGCGUCAUUGACGGGAUCUCGGUGUAUCGAUCGCGACAACUCAUGGGCUACCGCUUGGCCGAGACGAUCCAGCGGGAGCUUGGGGCAGAGCAGCUCAAGGAGAUCGACGCUGUGAUCCCCAUCCCCGAGACCUCGCUGGUGUCUGCUUACGCCGUGUCCAAGCACCUGAAGAAACCAUAUUGCCAAGGCUUCGUCAAGAACCGCUACAUCUUCCGCACCUUCAUCAUGCCAUCGCAGCGAGCGCGGCAACGCGGCGUGCGAGCAAAACUCAACGCCAUCCCCGUCGAGUUCAAAGACAAAAACGUGCUGCUGGUAGACGACAGCAUCGUGCGCGGCACGACCAGCCGCGAGAUCGUCAACAUGGCCAAGGAGGCAGGGGCGAAGAAGGUGUACUUUAGUAGCUGCGCACCACCCAUCACCAACGCCCACAUCUACGGCAUCGACCUCGCCAGCCCCAGCGAACUCAUCGCCCACCACCGCAACAGCGCCGACAUCGCCGACCACAUUGGCGCCGACGCCGUGGUGUACCAGAGUCUCGAGGACCUGAAGUCCGCCUGUGCGCAAGAGAGUCCCCGCGACCCCGCGACGCAGGACUUUGAGGUCGGUGUGUUCUGCGGCAAGUACGUCACCCCCGUGCCGGAGGACUACUUCCAGCAUUUGGAGCGGAUGCGCGGCGAACGCAAGAAGGACAAGGUGCUGCAGACGGCGAGGAAUGCGGUGCGCGAUGGCACGGCGGGGCAGAAGCAGAUCCGCAUGGCAACGAAUGGGGUCGAAGUGACGGAUGAAGGCGACGUGGUUGCGCGGGACAGCGGGUCGGAUGGGGAGGAGCGGGCGCCGAAGAGGUUACGAGGCGAUGGCGGCGUGACGAAUCACAAUGGGUCGGCGAGUUCUGCGCAGCGAGAAGGCUAUGCGGAGGAGCGGAGGGAGGAGCAUCGCGACAGCCAGGACAUUUCGCUGCACAACCUCAACGACGAGGAGAGAUGAUUGGGAUUUCCCGGCGGUCUGGGCAGGCACCUUGCUACACGGAAAUACCCCCGGGGCGGUGUACAAAGGCGUGUUUACGGCGGUGCUUCGAUGGCGUUGCUGUACAAUUGACAUAGACUAUACUUCUUUGAAAGGAAAAGUAAGGCG